AUGAAAUUCAAAGAACAGCAAAAUAAAAGGGAACUACACCUUGAUCACAAUCUCGAGACAAAGAGGGAGAGACACUUGGUGGCUGCGGUUGGUCAACUCGUUGGGGCUCCACUUAUUGAGUACGACUUUAGGGUCACAGAGUUAUUUCAAGAUCUCCAAGAUGGGGUCCGGCUCUGCAGAGCCAUUCAGCUCUUGCAACACGACUCCUCUGUUCUUGUGAAAAUGAUUGUUCCAUCAGAUACUCGUAAGAAGAGCUUGGUCAAUUGUGGGAUUGCCCUUCAAUAUCUAAAGCAGGCUGGUGUGCCUUUAUAUGAUGAAGAUGGAACAACAAUUAUGGGAGAAGAUGUUGUAAAUGGAGAUAAGGAGUUUACACUUUCUUUGCUCUGGACAAUGUUUGUUCACUUGCAGUUGCCUCUUCUGAUCAACAAAACGCUCUUAUCUGUGGAAAUUUCCAAAAUCCGUGGAGUUCGUGCGGAACAUUCAAAUGCUUGUACUCACUUGGACAUGCUUUUGAGUUGGAUCCAGGCAAUUUGUGAAAACUAUAAUGUCAUGGUUGAACAUUUUGCUUCAUUAGUUGAUGGAAAAGCCAUGUGGUGCUUGCUUGAUUAUUAUUUCCGUAAGGAACACCACUGUUCUUGUUCUUUUAAGGAUCUUAGAGAAACAAAUGGAGAAGCAUCUAUAAUGUCAGCUGCUGAAUAUACAGAUGCGGUGCACAACUUUAUACUCUCUCAGAAAUUGACUACAUUAUUGGGAAAUUUUCCAGAGGUUCUGCAAAUUAGUGACAUACUUGAACAUAAUGGUGCGUGCAAUGAUCGAAGCGUGGUCAUCCUAUUGGUUUUCCUCUCAUUUCAACUACUUGUGAAAAGAAACACGGACCAACUGAAUUUUCAUAAACUCUUGGGUUUUAACUGUCAAAGUCCAGAGAGGAAACGUUUAAGUACAGAACGGUGUUUUAUGCAUUCUGCUGCAGUGCUUAACCGAGAAGAAAUGAAUGGGAACAGCACUGAAGAUUCCGUGAGAAAUUUUAAGGCCAUCAUGGCUUGGUGGCAAGAGAUGGCUCAACGAAAUAGCAAUUUUGAUAUGAAACCAGAUACUCCAACUUUGCCAUCUAUCUCUAAUGGUAGACUGAGAAUUGAUGUUCAAAGAG